CGAGUCUCGUACCGUACCUACCAAGGUCAAUGUGACCACUCACCAACCUAGCAUUUGCACUUGGGAUUGGGUAUCGACGAGCACCACAAAGUGAUAGUCUUGGAAUCAAUUGUUCAUUCGCUGCUUCGGUCCUCUACCGCCAUCACACCGCAUCACGUUCAGCCUUACCUCGUGGUCAACGAUCUGCUGACAAUAAACAAACUCACGGCCCCACCUGGUUGCGCCUUUUGUGGCCUUUUCAGGCACCGCAUCCUGCAUCCUCAACGAUUGGCAUUGUUUCUACACGGACACAUCCAAAGGACAACAUCCCGACUGAACAUUCACACUGAACUUGAGAUCCACACUUUACAGCAAUGACUGACACUGGCUUGCCCCCAGACUGGGAGGUCCGCCAUUCCAACUCCAAGAACCUCCCCUACUACUUCAAUCAGAAGACUCACGAGUCAAGAUGGGAACCUCCUGAGGGCGCCGACACCGAAAUUCUCAAGGGCUACAUGGCUCAACAUCACAGCUCUGCCAACACCCGCAUCGAUGGUGCUGCAGCUGAGGGUAAAAUCCGGGCUGCACAUCUGCUGGUCAAGCACAAAGACAGCCGUCGACCUUCAUCCUGGCGGGAGACCAACAUCACACGAUCCAAAGAGGAAGCCAUCGAGAUGUUGAAGGGAUACGAGGAUCAAAUCCGCUCUGGUCAGAAGUCUCUCGGUGAUCUUGCCGUGUCCGAGUCGGACUGCAGCAGUGCGCGGAAGCGAGGAGAUCUAGGGUUCUUCGGAAAAGGCCAGAUGCAGAAGGAAUUUGAAGACGCUGCCUUUGCUCUGCAACCGGGAGAAAUGAGCGGCAUCGUCGAGACGGCGUCCGGGGUACAUCUGAUCCAACGAAUUCAGUGAAUCGGGGGAGUCCUGGCAAAGACGGCACUAUGACCACCGGUGUUGGUGCCUGGCCUAGUGUCUCUCACAUGCUCGGAAUGGAUGUCCGCGAUUUGUUCAUCAUUUUGAUGCGGCAGUUCUCGCUCUCGCUAUAUCUCUCGCCGUGGCAACAGUGAUGGAAGUAUAGCCUUACGUCAAGUGGAUGGGAUCGAGUUUGUACAAUUGCAUCGGCCACCUCGUCCGCAAGAAAAAGGACCCCAAAUCCAAACAGCUGGCGUCACUGCUCCUGGUUGAAAACGCAGCAGAUCGGAUGAUUUCCCGAUGACUUUCCCCCUUUCACGAGCUACUUGAGAACUAAUCACCUAAUGAGUGCUAAUGUUAGUUGUGCGGCAUUCUCCAUCAAAUGCUUAGGGUGGACCUGGUGAGGCAUGACACGGAGAGUCGUUCCAGGAAUUGUGAUUCGAGCAGUGGGCUGAUCAUGAAAGACUGCCCAGGUGGCCAUGAGGCUCCCACCCCAAGCACCAACCACCAACCACAUGUGUAUCGUACUCAUACGUCACGAAACCGCACACGGUCUCCAGCCAAUACAUGAUUUUGGCGUGAUCCCAUCCAGUUUCCACACAGGAGAACCACUUUUUAACCGUGUCUCUUCCCGGGCCAAUCAGAAAUACUUGGGGAAUGCCCUCCAUCAG